UUCAAAAUUGUUAGCGGUAUUGUUGUAGUGAGGUUUUGAAAAACGGUGUAAUGUUGUGAUUUUGCUGCUGUCCCAAACUAAUUUGCACGCUACUGUAUUUCGGCAGAUAACCAUUUCAAAGAGGAUAAAAUUACCUCAAAAUAAAUAUGUGUUUGGUGAAAAUGUUGAGUAAUUUUAGUGCAAAGUUCAAUACUUAGUACGCGCAGCUGGGUUUUACUUUUACCUUGUUUUCGCAACUUCGAAAAUCGAGAACUUUUGUAUGGUGAAAAGUAGAUCUUUGGGAAGAAAACCACUCUAAAGAGGAUACACUUCAAACAUUUCUGUGAUUUAAAAAUUAAUACAACACAUCGAUGCUGUUUUGCAGAAAGGGCCAAACUGCUUUUCAAGAAGUGAAUGUAAAAAGUAAAGUGGUAUAAUUCACACAUGGAGGCAAUGAGAGAGAGAAUGAAAGUGGUAUGGCCUGUAGUAACAAUAUGAGCAUUAUUUUAGAAAAAUUUUAUUCAAUUACCUGCAUUUCUGUUCAGAGGAAAAAUAAAAAUGUAGUGUGAAAUACAGUUUGGCCCUUUUUACCUCAUUUUCACAGGAAUAUUCAAAGGGCCAAACUGCACGAAAAUCUAUCAAGUUUCUAAAAAUUGGAAAAAUUUUCAGAAAGCUCUCCACCCCACCUUCCCCCACGAAAGGUACACCAAAAAAAAUUAACAAUGUCGAAUUUUCCAUUGGAAAAUUUUAAAAAAAAUUGUUUUUUUGUCAAAAAUACGAGGGCUGUUCGCAAAGUCGUGCACGAUGUGCUCUGAGGGCGAGCCUAAUUCACGUAUUGAGCUGAGUGGGUGUUCAUUUUGUAGCCUGAAGUCUCAGGAACACGGUGGUGUAUUCAGUUUUUUGAUACGACUCCAAGAAAAAAAAUUGAAAGCAUGCGAAGCGUUUGAAAAUAAUCCUCCGGCUCAGGGAUGGGUAGAGUGCAGUAUAUUGAAGUCUAGUAGCAAGACUAAUUCUUGUACCGAGCUGCGUUAGCGCUCAUUUUGUAGCCUGAAGUCUCAGGAACACGGUGGUGUAUUCAAUUUUUUUGUUUGACGCGUGAAAAUCUUCUUAACGAACUAAAAGUGAUCGUGAUGCAGCUUAGCGAGGUUGAAUUUUCACUGAAAAAACGCCUGAGUCACAUUGGAUGUGUCCAACAUUUUUACAACAGGCUGUACAAAAAAACUAAAUACACCAUCGUGUUUCUGAGACUUCAGACUACAAAAUAAGCACGCAUACGGCUCGAUACAAGAAUUAGUCUUACCACUGGAGCGCGAAGUGCACUAGUCUAUCCAGCAAGAACUGAAAAAUUUCCGUUGACCCAUUCAAAUUCAUAUAAAAUUUUUUCGGUGAGUCCUACAGAGAAACUAAGCACACCAUUGUGUUCCUGAGUCUUUUUACCAUUAAUUGAGUACAUAUACGCAACGUAAUAGUAAGUAGUAGUCUUUGAAAACUUGAAAUUACUGUUCAUUUUUAAUCAAAAAGAGCGGAAAACAUCCGAUAAUUUUUUAAUGCUAUUAAGGUUUGUUUAUACCUACUGAACUUAGCAGUAAACAUAGCCGUAACUUCUUCACGUAUCAAUACAAAUUUUGGUGUAGCCAACAAUAUUUAUUCGCAUUUAUGUCCAAGUUCAGUAUAAGCAGGUAUAAUCCAACUAUUUCCAGCUUUCAUCAAAAAAUUAUCACUUUUUGUGAUCAGUGUUGCAUUUUUAGUUGUACCAAAACUGUAACAAACCUGGACAAAUGAUUUUUAAUGAUGCAACACAGCUUUCAGAUAGACAGAAUGUGGAAUUUUCACCUAAUUCAAGUGCAGUUUGGCCCUUUUUUUCUGUUUCAUGUCAGUUUGGCCCUAAAAAUGAAGCACUUUGGCCCUUUUGUUUUGUUGUCAUUUUUCAUGAAAACAGUUUGGCCCUUGACAUCAAAAAAGCAGUUUGGCCCUUUCUGCAAAACAGCAUCGACAUGUUCUCCCUGAAAAUUUUGAGUAUUUUUAGUUUAAAGUUCACACUUCACAGAUAUGGAUGCACAGGAACUUGAUUACUUGAAUCAAUACAAAGAAUAAGUCAAACGAGCGUAGCCGAAAGCACUCGACAGUGCACGAUGCCGAAAAGUAUCCUUAGUCUCUAGUAAUUAGUAAAAAAACCGGGAGAAUCCGAAACGAAACCGAGGUGUAAAGUUCGGUCAAAGUUACGAAUCGGGAUGAACUUUUACUGCAUCGAUCGAUAUUUCGAAUAAAAUUUUCAUUUCGUCGAAUUUCCUCUUUAUUUUGCGACUGUGGUAGUGAGAAUCAUUUGAAUAAUAUGUCUUAAAUCGCGAUUUAUUUUAAAUUUAUUUAUUAAUAGCUCCAACACCUACCUAUUUAAUAUUUUUUUAUUUGGAAUGGAAAUUCCUUAAAGUUUAAGCUCAUCAUGGCUCACGAAAUAAGCACUGGAAAAUCUAUUUGCAUUUUGGGCACGGUGAUUGCCUGUUUUGCUGUAUUAUGGCCCAAUAUAUUUUACCCCAUGCUCAAAGGCUCUGUGUCUGUCAGCUCAGAUGGAUGUUGCGACGUUUUAUUGGAUAAGGAUGUAAAUGGUGUUAAACUAGUGAAUGAGUUAUGCACAACGGUAUUGAAGUCGUCGGAUAAGUACAGUAGUAAUUUCUACUUUUCUGCAAAUCGACUCAAUAAGGAUGCUGUUAAAUUAUGCCGAAAUGUUGUACUGGAAACCUGUGAUAUCGACAUCAAUGUUUUAUUAAAAGACAUUAUAUCAUUAGACGUGAAAUAUAAGAAUGUGUUGGUCGAUAUCCGUACCUUUAAUAAGUCACUUUGUUUGAAAUAUCAUUUCGACGUGACUUUGGAUCUUUUGGGUACUCCUCAUAGAGUGAAGAAAUACAAUAUCUCUACGCCUACGAAUUAUUAUCGCCAAGAUCGCAAACCCAGAGCUAAACCUGAAGCUUUACAUCCAGCUUUUAGGAAAACAACACCUCCUAUUCGAAAGGAACGCAUCGAAGAAGAUAUCAUCUAUCACGAUGAAGAUAUUUCGCCUCCAAUUACCACCAUUCAACACGAAGCCAUACCUGGCAAAAAACCACCAGUACCAGGGAUGCGACCAACCGUUGGUGGAAGCGGUUAUGUUGCUCAUCAAAAAGGAAGUGGAACAAUGGGAAUUCUGAUGCCAAUGUACACUAUAGCAAUAGUUGCCUUUUUCACUUACACUAUUCUAAGGCUGCUGAGUAAGAAACAAGAUGCUCAAAGUAAUUUCACGCAUGAUCCAGACUUCUGCAAAAAUGUUUUUAGUAGUAACGACCAUCAUGAAAAAAUCAACUCCAAUAAUGUUGCGGAUCCGGCUUCAAAAUUAGGAUGGCAAGAGAAAGAUAUGAUAGUGACAGCCCUGUCGAGUCUUCUGCAAGAAGUUAAUCGUGACAUCUUAGAAAGAGAGAAGAACGAUAGUAAAGAUGAGGCUGACCUAAAGCAGCCGACUGAGGAGGCGGUUUCCUCAAACGAAGCUAAAGAUGUGAUAAAGGAGAAGCAAGAUGAACCUGUGACGAAAAAAAUUGUUCAAGAAGAACAAUCAGAAAAACCCGAGAAAUUAAAUGGCGUUAUAAAAGUAGUCGGAAUGGAACUGAACGAAAGCUGCGAAAAUGGUCAACCGUGGAAACGAUCAACAACUCCUCCUCACGUCAAACCAGCUCCUGUUCCUGAAAUACCUCAAGAAAUCUUGUUACCCGGAAAUGUUCCAGUUAAUUCUGAAAUUCUGAUCAGCGAUGCUCGUACUGAAAACGUUGCCACCGAAUCUUCGGUCAUUUUAGAGAGUAAAGUUACUCUGAAUGUCAUUUCACCCGAUAUUGAUAAUGAAAAAGCGAAUUUAAAUCGCGAAAAGAAUCAUGUAAAUAGUGAGCACAAAACUCAGAAUGGUACCGAAGACCAUAAUGGACGACAUUCCUCACCGGAAGAAGAAGAAGAAUAUGAAGAAGAAAUCAUAGAAGUUGAAGAGGAAGAAACUGAAGAAGAGGAAGUAGAAGAAGUUGAAGAAGUGGAAGAAGAAGAAGAAGAAGUUGAGGAUGAAGAGGAGGAAGAGGUUGAAGAAGAAGAAGAGGAGGAGGUAGAAAUUGAAGUGGAAGAAGAUGAAGAAGAAGUAAGAGACGGCAGGGCCUAUUCUAAGGAAAAUUUGGAGCUGCGCAAACAUAGCUCACGAUGCGACUGAUCAACAAAUAAUGAGGGCCCGAGCAAAGCGAGGGCAAAAGCUUUUGAAAAUUAAUGAUUAUUCAGAAGUAAAACAACAUUAAGUACCUAUUUUUAAUGCGAGAAGUCAAUUUUUCUACUUUUUACUAACAUUUGGUCAGAGAAAAAAAAAGAAAAGAAAAGUGAUCUAGCCCGAGCGAAGCGAGGGCGAAAACUGCGAAAAAUUGAUAAUUUGAAACACAAAACAACAUUAAUCUUGAUGCAGAAAAUUAAUUUUCAUGGCUUCAAAAUUUCUUGUUUUCUGGAAAUUAAAACAUUUUCAGAAGUAGGAAUGCGAGUGCAAAGCUAUCAGAAAUUCACAAUUCUUCAUUUUUUCAGGACAAAAUUCAAAAUUUUUACGAAUUUUUGACGAAAAAUAGAACUUUUUUUUGGUAUUUUAGCGAAAAAUUGGGACUUUCUGGUAUAUAUGUACUUAAUUAUGAGAGGAUUGAAGAGACCAUCUUUUGGUAAAAUUCAAGUGAAACAGCAUUAUUUCUAAUGUGAAAAGACAAUUAUUGUUCUACUCUUCAAUUUAUACUCAGAGAAUGCAAAGGGAAAACGAUUUAGCCCGAGCGAAGCGAGGGCAAAAACUUUUGAGAAUUUUGAUUUCAAAGAAGUAAAAAUCCAUGGUUUUUGGUAACUUUUUUAUUUUCCGAAUUGUUUGUCCAAAAUUGUUUUUUAAUGAAUGAAUGAAUAAAAUGAAAAAUGCAGGCAGCUGAAUUUUUGAAUUUUUGGAACUGCGCAAACUAAUUCGGAACUGCGCAAACUAAUUCGGAACUACACACAUUUUUUUUGGAACUGCGCAAAAUGUGCGGAGCUGCGCCUUAGAAUAGGCCCUGCAUUGUAUAGGUUUUGAUUGUUUGUUUGUUGUUGUUUUUGUUUUUUUUGUUGUUUUUUUUUAAAUAUCGAUGAAUCAGUAACUAUAAAUUUGUACAUGUUCUCAAUUUAAUCAUUUUAUAAUACCUCAUCAUUCUAUGUUUUUUUUACUGUGAUGUUGAUAUUUAGUUACUCUUUACAUAUAUGAGAGCAAUAUUUUAUUCAGCUUUGAAAUGAAUGAAUAAAGCUAAUCAAUACUC